CAGUUCUACAUCAUACUUGACUCCAGUAACACACAUGGUGGCCGCCUCCUUUGGAGAAGUGCAGAUGCAGUCCCAAAUGCAAGUAAGACAGUUUGCAAAUCACAUUUCGGUAGCAUGAACAUUUUGAGAAUACUUAAAAAUAAAUAAAUAAAAGGAAGCUGGAUGCGUACAGGCCUUGAGCAGUGGAACAUGCUGACCCUGGCAAGAUGAGCAAUGGUGGGGAGUGCAGCAAGGUUGCAUGCCUCAUACGGGUUCCAUCUGAAGUCAUCAAGCAAAGGGCCCAAGUUUCUCCUUCCUCUAGUACCUUUCGUAUUCUCUCCCACACCUUAUAUCAUGAGGGUAUUCAAGGACUUUAUCGGGGAUAUAAAAGCACAGUAUUAAGAGAGAUUCCUUUCUCUCUGGUACAAUUUCCGCUCUGGGAAUCCUUAAAGGAUCUCUGGUCAUGGAAGCAGGGUCACGUGGUGGAUUCUUGGCAGUCAGCAGUCUGUGGAGCUUUUGCAGGUGGAUUUGCAGCUGCAAUCACCACACCUCUAGAUGUAGCGAAGACGAGAAUUAUGUUGGCAAAGGCUGGUUCCACCAAUGCAAGCGGGAAUGUUCUGGCUGCUCUCGGUGGCAUCUGGAGGACACAAGGCCUGUCGGGGUAAGAACGUGCUGAAGGGCACAUUUCAGGUGCUUGCAUCUCCAGGUGUGUUUAGGGUGCAGGAG